UGGCAAAAGUAGACUACAGUUGCUGCAAGUUAAAUUUCAAUACUAUCUACUGUUUGGUGAAAAUGGAGAGUAAGAGUACUGGUAAGGAAAAAGAAGAGGAAGAGGCAGAGGCUCUCAAGAAGAGAAUCUCUAGCCAUCCUUUGUAUGAACUCUUGGUUCAGACUCACAAGGACUGUUUGAAGGUUGGUAGCAUUGAUGAAGCAGACCAAAGUCAUAACAUUAUGAAGCAGAAGCUAGCUGCUGGUGCAAUGCCCAGUUCUAGCUUGUUAACUCAGACAGAUCUAGAUCACUUCAUGGAAGCAUAUUGCUUAGCUCUAACCAAGUUGAAAGAAGCAAUGGAGGAACCUCAGCAUGAAACAGUAGCUUUCAUCAAUAGCAUGCAUAUGCAACUUAGAGAGCUCACCACAACCUAUCCUGAAACUUCUGAUCAUUCCACCACUUCAUCAGACAUCAGGAGGAAGCAUGACUAGUGCAUGAUGGACCCAAGAAUGAGCAAAAUGCAGAGUUGUUUUUGACGAAAUUGGAUACUAAUUAUGACUAAUUAUAUUGAAACCAUUGUCUUGGAGGAUACAUGUAACAUAAUACUAGUCAUCAUGAAUUCAAGUAUGGUCCAUCUUACCAUCUACAAGCUUGUUUUGAGAUAGUGCUUUUCUCAAUGGAAAUGCCAAACAAACCCUAAAACCGCUUUCAAAAAUGUUAUUUUUCACUUGCUUUAUGUCCUUUCAGUUUCAUAGCAGUGAAAGUAGAUAUAUAGCAUAGCAUAAGGGCAAACAUUAGAUUUAAAUCCGAAAUAGACACCAAAAACCUCAACCGUGAUUUAAGUCCAUGCCAGGAAAAGAAGAAAGGUGAUCCAACAGCAUUACAUGGCCACACUACUGGACAUAACAGUCUCAAUUUGACCAAAGACUUGUAUGAAGCAAAGAGAGAAUGUGUUCCAUUUUAAUGUGUAAGAACAAUUUUUUCUUUGCAUCAACUAAAAGGAAAAGCAUGAGAAAAGUUAUUGCUGUUC